CUGCGCCUCCACGGCCCCCUAGUCGAAACGCAAGAAGUUUCUCCGCGCCGCUACUACUUUGCAUGCGAAGUCAAAACAGCUUCCGACGACCAACUCUCUCUCCGUUUGGCUGGCAAGGGAAGUUGAACAGAGGCCGGCAAACAUCUGUCGUAACGUCUUCGCUGCAUGGGGCGCGCGUUCCCUGUCAGUUAUGACAAAAAGCUGCAACAUCCUGGAAAACGGCGGUGCAAGUGGGGAUGAAGCGCGUGUCGCGAGGGCGAGAGGAAGCGGACGCGGAGCAUUACCGAGCCUCAUCCUCGCUAAUGGAACGCCCUUGUCGAGAGUGUCACCACCUCGCGCGGGCUGGCCAGUGCGGAUCAACGAGGCGACACUUACUACCCCGAGUCAAUCAAUUCAUUAUCAGCAGCAACAACAACAACAACAUCACCACCACCAGAAUCAGCAUACCUCGAGUCCAAGCACACCGAGAGCAGUCGAACAAUGGGCUAGCGAGCGGGCAACAUCGUCGGUUUUGUCGGUUGGUCGUUCCGCAUCACCAUCCUCGCCAGAAACAACAAGGAGACCGGGAACAGGAUCGUCUAGAAGAGUUUUCUCGUCGUCGAGUCGAGUUAGGCCAGGAGGCGGAGGUGGAGGUGACGGAAGAGGAGCAGAAAGAAGCACAGAGAUCGGUAACGGUAUCCAUUUCACGAAUCACUGGCAGGAGGAAGAAGAGCUGGAGGCGAAGAAGAAGGAGGAGCACCGAAAGCGUUGCGUGGACACAGCUGCGCAUUGUCAAGCCGAGCAUCUUGAACUGAGAGGUCGGCCGAUGUCGCAAAACAAUGCGAUUACGCCGCUCUCGCGGCCACCCUCCUCGCAGACGAAUAUAAAUGACACCACCGAUGCCGUAGCGAACAGCAAUGACGAUGGAGAAGCGCAUUCCGUUCAACAGCAAAAUGUCACCACCACUGGUCGCGUCCAUGAUCACAAUCGGCCGUUUCCUCCGCCGAGAUUGCCGAGCGUGCAUGUUGCCACUGCCUCGACAGCGCCCCCUCUCACAGCAUCGUCGAAUCCGAGAGUAUUGGUCACAGCUCCGCUCAGUCCACUCUCGAACACCUUCCGAAGCAGACCGAGAAACGUGGAUACUUCGACGAGCGAGACGAAUGCUCGAGGAUUGGUAUCGAACGACACGCCACCUAGAAGUCCUAUAAGCGAAGUAAGUCUGACCGUGCCCAGGCCAGACGGAGAGAGGGCUAUCAACGAAUACGUCGAGGCACCAUUCAAACAUAGCAACCAACAGGAGCGACGAGUCUUCGAGGAUGAGAACAAACGGGGGAUCGGUGCCGAUUGCCCGAAAAUCGACAGGAGGCAUCGACAGAAAGGUGGUGAUGCGUCCGUCGCGGCGACGCAUCGGCUGCACGCGAGCAGGACUCAAGCGUUUCGUGGAUUGAUUGCGAGCAGUGGGACGAAUGCGACCGCGUCCGCAGGCUCGAUCGCCGCGAACACCGCGACACCGAAUGCGGUGACCAAGCAGCCGGUUUCGUUCACCAAAGAACCGGCCAAUAGCCUCGCUUCUAGGACUUAUGAUCCGGCCGGUUUGUCGAUAAUGUGCAAUUUCUGCGGUAGAUGUCGUUGCGAGUCUUGUCGGGAACCGCCUCCAUUGCCCAGCAAAUGGCUGUGCGACAACAAGUGUUUCUGUUCCGCCGAUACGAUUCUCGAUUACGCUUCUUGCCUGUGCUGCGUGAAGGGACUGUUUUAUCAUUGCGUAGACGGGAAUGGGUCAGGUGGAAUCGAUGGGGAGGCGGCUGCUAGUUGUGCGGACGAGCCGUGCUCCUGUACGGGAAAUAGGAGAGUCUCCAGGUGGGCCUGCCUUGGCGCCUUAACUCUCGUCAUGCCCUGCUUAUUGUGCUACUGGCCGUUCAAAGGAUGUGUCGCGGCCUGUGAGGUGUGUUAUGCUCGGCACGCAGCCCAGGGAUGCAGAUGUAAUCCGAACACGACUGGGAACGCCGGAAACAGACAUCAUCCGAUCGCGAAUGAUAUCGGGGAUUCGAGGGAUCCGGAAAAAAGGUUACUCGACCCUGUCACGCCGGAACUCUAAUUGGAAGAGAUACAACAGUAAUACCAACACCCGCAGUGUUAUCUCUCACGUAGGGGGGGAUACAAAAUUGCUCUUCUACGCAUAGAGAUUAUCCGACAGGAGAGGGAGCAAAAUGAAAAUUGCAUUAAGUACAAGAGUUGCAUUUAAGUCGAGAAACGAUAAUCGAGAAUGACGAAUUUGUACGUCUAACGUCGCGAGUGUUUUAUUUAUUAUUCUUCCAUGCGCGCGCGAAAAUGCGAAGCGAGCGAGAGAGAUUGAGAGAGCAAGAAAGAAAGAACGAAUGGAAGAACGCGAGAUCGUGUCACGGGGGAGGGAGAUGAUGCUAAAGGAUAUAGUGGCGUAGGAAAGAUGAUAGAAAGAUAGCGGAGAAAGGGCGAGAAAGAUGACAAGGUACGCGAGCUUGCGUAUUAACGCAGAAACAUACCACUUACGUAUAGAUAGGUCUAUACAUGAUAGAAUAUAUAAAUAGUACCGCGCACACACAGAGAACAAGUGCGAGCGUGACCAAGCGAAUGUGUGGAACGUGAAUGAGAGAGUGAGAGAGUGAAUAGAAGAACCACUAAAGUAUAUUAAACGCGAGCACGUGUAUGCGCGUAUACACGCGUUUCUGCUGUUACUUUGCUUGAAGCGCGUGUAUGCGCAUCUACACCUAGAUUAUAGAUAUGUAUAUUGUAUAUUAUAUUUGUAUAAAGAAAAAUCUUUUCUACGGUUAAUUUAUUCGUGGCUGAAUUGCCAAGUAACACAUAUAUAAAGUUUCGCAGUAAGAGGAGCACGACAAGGAGAAAAGAGGCGAGAAGGCCGCGACUGGAUUAUUUGCAAAAAUUAUUUCCAGUCUCUUACCAUAGCGAUAGGAAACGCAUAAAGAAUAUCGGCCGUAAAGAGGAAGAAAGAGGGAAAGAAAGCAGGAAAGGGCGGGGCAGGGGGAAAGAAAGCUCUGAAAAGAAGCAUUGUCCGUAUUUCCGAAUGUUUUCCUCGGCAUAUGAUGUAUACGCUUUUAUACUCGUUAACACUGGAAUUGUAUCGAGCGCGCGAGGCCCUGUCGAGCGUUAGAGAGCGUGAUAUGACACGAGAUCGAGAUAAUGCACGCGCGUUCGGGUUGCGUGAGAGCGAGAGAACUGUAAAUCUGUAAGAAUGAACGUUUGCGUUUAUGUGUGUAUGUUAAGUAUGUAUGCGUAUGUGGGUGUGCUUCAUGGGGUCGACGAGAAUGCGGGCAGAUGGAAAAAGGACAAUUGCGUGGGGGGCAUAAGCGUGAGGAGAAGAAAACACAGAUCAGGAGGAGGGAGUGGGGAGAAAGAGCAACGCACGCCUGAAAUCUCUUCUAUGUACGUAUAUAGUAUACCACAUUCGGGCGUCGUUUCCAUUUUGUUAAUUUUCUUUUUUUUUUUUUUUUUUUUCCAGUAUUAUCUAGUCGUGCGAGUUUAAUUAAAUAUCGUUUCGUUAGGGAACGGGAGAAUGACAAAAGCGAUACAUGCAUGCGUGGUGAUUGCUAAACUGAUGUUGCUGUUAUUGGCUCCGCUCUCUGCUUUACAAGGAGAAUGGAUUUGGACGAAGGAAAUUCGCGUUAACUGGA